GGUGAACUAUUCCUUAAGGGUUGUUUCUUUAAGCCUUUAGCCAGCGAAUUUACUCCGGUUGUCAAAAAGAAAAAUAUCCGGUUGACCUUUAAAAUGAGCAGCUUUCCUCUUGCGAACUUCACAAGCUAAAUGGGUGGAUCGCACAUUGAACAGAAGUUUCAGUAACAUUAGCUAAAGGAACACAGACAGAGAAACAAGGAGAAUUCGGAAAGGAACGUUGAAACAUAUUUGUUGGCCUGUCUAAGAGCGACAUUGGAAAUGUUUUCCUUGUCAACAACAGUCCAACCACAGGUCACUGUCCCCCUGAGUCACCUGAUCAAUGCCCUCCACUACCUGAAGAGCUCAGUGGGAAGCAGCAGCAGUGCCACUGCUAAACCUCCGCGGAAACAGCAUGCCUCAGAACAGGACUUGCAUAGUAACGAGCCCACGUGGAGCCUGAGGGACCUGGGCCUGUCUGACCUGGGCGUGCGGCAGCUGGACGAGAUAGUGAGCGGUGUGUUACCUCGUCUGAGUCAACAGGGUGUGCCGUCCUCAUCCAGCCCCAGCCAAAAGGCCUGGAGGACCUCCCACCUGUCCUCACAGUCAUUCUUUCACAACAAGCAUGGGUUCUUUGGUGGCAAAAUUGGCAUUGACUCCCCUGUUUUCUGCAGACAGAUCCCCUCACCUCUUCAAUCCAUUUUCACAGAGCUCCACUACUGGCCAGUGUGGGUCCAAAGCCGAGGCUUUAAAACUCUAAGGAAACACAAGCGACUGCAGGCAGGCUUUGAGCGUCCCAUGGAACCAGAUGGCUUUACCCCAUCUUUUAUGAAGGGCCUCCUGACGCGUGAUAAGGGGAUGGAGGUGGAAACCUUGGACAAGCUCCUGAAGAGCAAGAACAUUCCAGAUGGGCAGCAAGAUUCUUUUAAGACUGGGUUUGCCGAGGGAUUCCUAAAAUCCCAAGCGCUGACACAGCGCAAACAAGAUUAUCUGAGGAGGACAAGGUUUAUACUGCUGGUCCUGCUGCUGGUGGGACUCUACGGCCUCUCCAAGACCCCCUUCCUAUCGGUGCGAUUCCGAACCACAUCAGGCCUGGACUCGGUGGACCCUGUCCAGAUGAAGAACGUGACAUUUGAGCACGUCAAGGGGGUGGAGGAGGCCAAGAACGAGCUGCAGGAGGUGGUGGAGUUCCUCCGGAGCCCAGAGAAGUUCACCGUCCUCGGAGGGAGACUGCCGAAAGGGAUCUUGCUGGUUGGCCCCCCUGGCACUGGGAAGACUCUGUUGGCCAGAGCCGUAGCUGGAGAGGCCGACGUCCCCUUCUAUUACGCCACCGGUUCGGAAUUUGAUGAGAUGUUUGUGGGGGUUGGAGCCAGUCGCAUCAGGAACCUUUUCAGGGAAGCUAAAGCCAACGCCCCAUGCGUGAUCUUCAUUGAUGAGUUGGACAGCGUCGGAGGGAAGAGAAUCGAGUCUCCCAUGCACCCUUACUCCAGACAGACCAUCAACCAGCUACUGGCUGAGAUGGACGGGUUCAAACCAAAUGAAGGGGUCAUCAUCAUCGGGGCGACAAACUUCCCUGAGGCUUUGGAUAACGCUCUGAUUAGGCCGGGACGUUUUGACAUGCAGGUCACUGUCUCCAAACCAGACGUGAAAGGACGCACAGAAAUCCUCAACUGGUAUUUAAGGAAGAUCAAAGUAGACCCUGACAUCGAGGCUGGGAUCAUCGCCAGGGGCACAGUGGGCUUCUCCGGGGCCGACCUGGAGAACCUGGUGAACCAGGCAGCUCUGAAAGCGGCGGUGGAUGGCAAAAACAUGGUGACCCUCAAAGAGCUGGAGUUUGCCAAGGACAAGAUCCUCAUGGGCCCAGAGAGGAGGAGUGUGGAAAUUGACAAGAAGAACAAGGAGAUCACAGCGUACCAUGAGUCUGGCCACGCUAUCGUGGCGUACUACACCAAGGACGCCAUGCCCAUCAAUAAGGCCACCAUCAUGCCCAGAGGUCCUUCCCUGGGUCAUGUGUCUAUGCUCCCGGAGGAUGACCGCUGGAGCGAGACGCGUGCUCAGUUGCUGGCCCAGAUGGAUGUCAGCAUGGGAGGCCGCGUGGCAGAGGAAAUCAUAUUUGGCAAUGAGUUCAUUACCACUGGGGCAUCAAGUGACUUUGAUGCUGCCACCAAAAUUGCAAGAAUGAUGGUGACCAGAUUUGGAAUGUGUGAGAGGCUGGGUGUCAUGACCUAUGCCGACCAAACGAAACAGAGCCCGGAGACACAGGCUGCCAUCGAACAUGAAGUCAGGAUACUUUUAAAGGAUUCGUACGAGCGGGCCAGGGCGCUCCUCAAGUCUCACGCCAAGGAGCACAAGAACCUGGCCACCGCCCUGCUGCAGUAUGAGACGCUGGAUGCCAAAGAGAUCAAGAUGGUACUGGAGGGCAAGGCCCUAGAGAUCAGAUGAGACUUCAAGGGUGGAGGCGUCACUCUGUUUAUUGGGGAGAUCGGGAUGGGGUGGGGAGUGGAGACAAAAUAUGGCUGUGGAUUAGGGUAGGGAAGCGUAGGAACUGUUGGGACUGGCUUUUUGGAAGGUGUUGGAACGUAAAUAUAUGAAAAUCAAGGUUUCAAGAUAGCGUGCAUAUUUUACAUUAAAAAAUGAUCCUAAAUACGCGCACAGUCUUAUCUUCCUGUUAAUAUCUGGAUAGUUGUUAGGAUCCUUAUUGUCGAUAAAAAAGGAGGAUUGUGGGAUUUCCUUUCAAAUUGGUAGGGGCAAUCAGCAGUUGCUGCAUCCAUUUUUGGAUUUAUAAAUUAAUGAUAUGUACCCAUUUGAUUCUUGAAGAAUAUAACUUGUAAAUGCCUCAUGAGUUUAGUUCAACUGUCGUACCCCAUCAGAACCCAAAAUAUAAGCUUGUAUUACGUCAAUGUUUGUAAACAAACUAAAUGUAAACAAACACUGUAAAGCCUAAAAAUUGCCAGAUUUACACAUUUAGUUUUUAGUUUGAAUGUAUCCCAUUGUCAUAUGACCUCUUUUUCAAUGUAGCCUGUCGUGUGUGUGUGUGUGUGUGUGUGUGUGUGUUGAAUGUUUUAUGGCUAGUAAGUCCAAGUCCAGUGAGUCCAUGCCCUGGCUCCUCAAAAUCGUCUCUACCUGAGACUGUCAAUCAUGUAUUUGUAAUAAGGAAUCUGAUUCCCCCUAAAUAGUCGAACAACUUUUCCCAGGUUUACCAAUAUUCCCAGGUUUGUCUGAGCCGUGUGUGCUAGUUGCCGUUUCGAAGGUGGCCUUUUGGGAAUGUACAUAUACCCGGAGUAGGGACUCUUUUGGACUUGAGCCACAAUUCAAAUGUGUCUUAGCACUUUGGUCAGUCUGAACACUUCCUCUAUGUAUUUAUGUUAUCAAAUAUGUCAAUUCUGUGUGUAUAUAUAGAUGGAAGGGAGUGUUGCUGUGCUUUGAAAUUAUGCUUUUAUUCACUUCAUACUCAACGUUGGCAAAUUAAGCUGCGACAGGCCAUUGGAUUCUCUGUUUUUUGAUCAGAUUAGGUCAUCUAUUUACUAUGAAAUACCUUAAAGUUAUCUGGUUUCUAGGUCUAAACAAUUGUAACAGUUAAACCUAAGAGACCCUACAACUGCUCAUAUCCUGGUUCACUCCCCACUACUGCUGUGUACUCUCUAUUCACAGCUGUCUCUCUAGCAUUGCUUGAGUAGAUCUGUGAAUCUGUUUUUUUACAUUUCCUCACUUUGAAUGGUUUUACGCACAGUAGCUCAGAACCUCACAAUGUAAGCAAGGACUGUCAUACUAAUUUGCUGACGUGUAGGCCUAUAAGGAAAACGGUCAAAUGCAUCUGUAGACAAUCGACUCAAUCGCUUCAACAAUGCAGUAUCUCCAUCUUUGGUGAGAAUGAACAGUUUUUACAGAAUGCUUUAGGCAAGAAUAUUGAACUCCUUUUGAAAUAAUGUUGAGUUGGAAGCGUUAAGAUUGUGAUACAAUGGAGGUUGAAAGCCAUACCUUUUAGGGUGUAAUAAUGUUCUUUUAGAGGCAAAGUUUAUUACAAUGUCUUGCAAAAGUAUUCAUACUCCUUGGUUUUCUUCACAUUUUGUGUUACAAAGUGGGAUUAAAAUGUUUUUAAUUGUAAUUUUUUUGUCAACAAUCUACACUAAAUAGUCAAAUGUCAAGUGGAAGAAUAUAUAUAUUUUUAAGAUUUAUAGAAAUUAAAUAACUAAAAUGUACACAUUGAGUAUACAAAACAUUAAGGACACCGGCUCUUUCCAUGACAGACUGACCAGGUGAAUACAGGUGAAAGAUAUGAUCCCUUAUUGAUGUCAGUUGUUAAAUCCACUUCAGUCAGUGUAGAUGAAGUGGAGGAGACCGGUUAAAGAAGGAUUUUUAAGCAUGUGUGCUAUUCAGAGGGUGAAUGGGCAAGACAAAAUAUUCCCGUUGAACGGGGUAUGGUAGUAGGUGCCAGGCACACUGGUUUGUGUCAAGAACUGCACCACUGCUGGGUUUUUACACUCAACAGUUUCCCGUGCGUACCAAGAAUGGUCCACCACCCAAAGGACAUCCAGCUAACUUGACACAACUGUUGGAAGCAUUUGAGCCAACAUUGGCCAGCAUCCCUGUGGAACGCUUUCGACACCUUAUAGAGUCCAUGCCCCGACGAAUUUACAUUGUUCAAUUCGUACGGGGGGUGGGACAACUCAAUAUUAGGAAGGUGUCCUUAAUAAUUUGUACACUCUGUGCAUGUUAGAAACACAUUUGGCAGUGACUACAGCUGUGAGCCUUCUUGGGUAAGUCUCUAAGAGCUUUACACAUCUGGAUUGUGCAAUGUUAGCCAAUUUUUAUAAUUCUUAAAGCUCUGUCAAGAUGUUGGGACUCAUGGCUAGACAAAAAUGUUAGUCUUGCCAUAGAUUUUAAAUCAGAUUUAAUUCAAAACUGUAACUUGGCCACUCAGGUACAUUCCCUGUCUUCUUGGUAGGCAACUCCAGUGUAGAUUUGUGUUGUAGGUUAUUUUCCUGCUUAAUGGUGAAUUCUUCUCCCAGUGACUGCUGUAAAGCAGACUGAAGCAGGUUUUCCUCUAGGAUUUUACCUGUGCUUAGCACCAUCCCAUUUCUUUUUAUCCUGAAAAAACUAUUUGCCGACGUCAUGCUUACCCAUACCAUGAUGCAGCCACCACCAUGCUGGAAAAUAAGAAGGCAGUUAACUCAGCGAUGUGUUGGAUUUGCCCCGAACAUAAGGCUUUGCAGUUAGGCCAAAAAGUGUGUUCCUUUGCCGUUUUUUUUUCUUUUCAGUCAUACUUUAUUCUGUAUAUUUGUAUUCUUCUUUUGACUCUGUCGUUUAAGUCAUUAUGUCGUCAUUACAAUGUUGCUGAUCCAUCCUCAGUUUUCUCCCAUCACAGCCAUUGAACUCUGUAACUGUUUUAAAAUCACCAAUUAUCUCGGCUCAGGAUAUGACCCAGAUGCAGACAAAGGAGACGGAAGGUACAAUACACAGAGUAGUUUAUUAAACCACAGGAGGCAGGCAAAGGACAGAUAUAUUCAAUGUCUGAUUUGUUAUUGUUACCCAUCUUCCAAUCGCUGCCCUUCUUUAUGAAGCUUUCAAAAAGCUCCCUGGUCUUUGAAGUUGAAUCUGUUGCUUGAAAUUCAAUACUUGACUUAGGGACCUUACAGAUGUUGUAUGUAUCGGGUACAGCGGAAGGGUUAGUCAUCCAAAAAUCUGGUCAACUCCUAUUAUUUCACACAGUGAGUCCAUGUAACUUUAUUAUGUGAUUUGUUAAGCCACAUUUUACUCCUGAACUAAUUUAGGCUUGCCUAAACAAAGGGGCUGAAUACUGAUGCAAUUAAUAUAUUUUUGUUCUCAUUUUUAUUUAUCUUAAAAAUAAAUAAAAACAUAUAUAUAUAUAUAUAUAUAUAUAUAUAUAUAUAUAUAUCUUCCACUUUGACAUUACAGAGUAGAUUGUUGGGCAAAAAUUCCAAUUUAUUUUACACCCCCCCCAAAAAAUGUGAAUAAAUCCGAGGGGUCUUAACUUUUGCAAGGCACUGUACCUACUGUGUACCCCAUUCCCAAGUGUAUAACCAGUAUCAUUAUGUGUAGGCCAAUACGUACAUUUGAGUUUUUCUUGCCAAAGUAACACAUUUUGAGCUCUCAAUGAUAUGACAGACGUUGGAGGAAUUUUUUUGUGCAGCUCAAAUAAAUAAAUGAACAGAAAUGUAAUAAACUAAACCCUACUAUAAUAUUAA